CCGCGCCCGCCUGACCGGGAGUCACGUGGGCGGCGCGAAGAUGGCGGCGCCCGCCGCGACCUUCCGCUGGCUGCUGCCGCGGAGCCGCCCGCUGCUGUCCCGCCCGGGGCUGGCUGCCGCCGCCGCCCGGCACUACGGUGUGCGGGCCUCCGACACCGGCGAGCUGGUGACGCACACGGGGCAGGUAUAUGACGAGAAGGAUUAUAGAAGAGUUAGAUUUGUUGGACGACAAAAGGAGGUGAACAAGAAUUUUGCAAUCGAUUUGAUAGCAGAGCAGCCUGUGAGUCAAGUUGAAAGCAGAGUGAUAUCAUGCGAUGGUGGUGGUGGAGCUUUGGGACAUCCCAAAGUAUACAUAAACUUGGACAAAGAGACGAAGACCGGAACAUGUGGCUACUGUGGACUUCAGUUUAAACGGAAACAUCACUGAAUGAUUAUCCCUGUGUGCUUGCAGAUUUCUGUUCAGAUGUUAACGUUCAACUAUAAAUAAACAAUAUAUUUAGAAAGCAAGAUCUGUGUUUAUCUUAACUAUGGAAAGUCCAGUCUGUACAUUUUUAAAACACAGCUUGUCAAGUGUUUGAGAGCUGAAUGGUAUUACAAUAUCUGCUUUGUACUUAAUUUAGUUUUCAUGUCUGGCAGACUUCUUGCAGGCUUAAAGUUGGUGUUCGGCUGUAGAUAGGUUUGUUUUGUAGUGAGUAUUCUUUUCAACACUGAAUGGGCUGUAAUUGUUUACUGGGUGAUUAAUUAUCCUGGGUGUUUCUCUUUUGUCACUGUGUGAUGCUCCUAAUUGGUUCAUGGUCCAGUAUCUAUAGCUAGAUUCACAAAUGGAAGUGCAAAGAUAUUAUGAUACUCAGCAUUACAACACUCCUGGAAGCAAGAUAGUCAGCCCUGAAUCAAGUAGCUGCUCUUGCUACCUGUUUAAAAGAAGCUACCAGUGUCUGGAAUGGUAAUCAGUGUGAGCUGGAGAGCUACCCAGGCUGGCAUGUGUGAAAGGUGAGGAUGUAACCAUUUGCCCUUCAUUUGAAGGGGUGAGAGUGUAUCUGGUUCUGCUCGGGAUUCACACCCGAAGCCUCUGUUUGCAGCUGAUGACCUUAACUCACUGCAGUGCCUGGGCAGCACCGGGACUUGCAAUUGUCCUCCAUGGAAUAGUAGUGAAAAAGAGUCUUCUCAGAGUAGGCAUUGCUCCAUUACAGGUGGUAGCUUCUGCUCCUUUAAUACAGGUAAUAUGACACUGACAGCAUCUACCUAGGCUGUGUGGGGCUGGUUGUGUUAAUUUCACUUAGGUAGCAUUCCGUCAUGCGAGCGUAGCUUUCCAACAGGGCCUCUAUCUGGAGCAGAAGGGUCUGAGUUUGGUUUGGUCUUUGCUUCACAAAGCUUUUUAAUCUGUUGUCAGUAAAUUACUUUUUUUUUAAAUGCUGGUGAUAGGGCAUGGUCCCAGGGAGUAAUUGCUGCUUGUCUAAAGUUUAACAGGGUAGAAUUCUAAACCUGCAGUUUACAUAGUUAGAUUGAUGUGGUUGUAUCAAGUUGAACCAAAUCAUGUGGGCCUAAAGCUACUUAACUUGUGUCAAUUUAUAGACUUAAGAUGGACCAACUCAGGCUUAAAGCAAGGUCUGAAAGGUUCUCUUGUAGAGGUCUUUUGUUUAGAGACUGUACUGCAUGUGAGUAAUUGCAUGGACACCCCUCCUCUUUUUUCAUUCACUCCACCUAUAAAAGCUUUACCUAUUUCUGUCUCUUCCCCUUAUUCUUCCCCUCACUUUUUCUCCUUUCCAUUACUGCUGGUUUCAGUGAUCUUCUGGCCAUCAAUUUAUUCUUUGUAAUGACCUAGAUUUAGGAAGUACUAAUUAGAGUUAUGCAUUGUUGUGCAGUGUAGGUUACUGAGUACUCACCUUUCUAUGGCCAAGCCAGGCUCUGUUACGAAGGUUGUAAUUUUGUAAUGUUAGUGCAGUGGCCAAGUUAACAUAUGCUGUGUUUAGAGUAGUGCCUGAGCACGUACAAAGAUGGCAACAGAUCCUUCCAUGAAACCCAGUAAUUUGCAAUCUGACCUUAUGCAAAUGAUCUGUUGACUGAGCAUAAAUGGGCUAUUAUGAACAGUCUUCUGAUAAGUCUUAUGCUUGAACUAUCAGUGUUUGUCUUGAAGCGUGUCUGGUUGCAUUUUAUUCUGGCUCUCUACCAGUUUGUAGGGUAUGUUGGCUGGCAGAAUUCUCUCAUGGUGCAAUCAUCUUCUCAAAGAGACCUGAAACAAAUAAUUUUAUGUGGUCCUCUUCCUUGGGCCUUUGAUGUUCUAAUGAAUAAUACAUCUGCUUGGAUCACUGCUGCUCAUAAUAAAUUAACAGUGUUUAAAUUGGCACAGCAUCUGCUGAGGACCCAGACAAAUCCCAUCCCACUGGUCUGAACUAUGGAAUGCUGUUCUUGGAUGUUCUCCCUAAAGUACUUGUGCUGUGUGAAGCUGUUGACGCCUGUGAAAUGAAGGCCUCUGCUUUGCUCCAGUGAUCUCCACAGGAAGACUUCAGACUUUGCUUCAUGUCAGUUCCUGUGUGCUGGGUUCAUUGUGUCUGUGCAGGAAUGUUUGUUUAUAUGAAGUCUUGCACUUUGAACUAUGCCAUCCACGUAUCUGUGGAAAGGCCAGCCUUGAUUUGCAGGAAAAAGAAGUGGGGAAAAGCAAGAACUAAACUUUACUAGUUGCGCCAAGCAGAUAGAUGCAUGUGGAAAUGGAUGUGUGAGGAUAGACCAGAAUACAUCAGUAUCAAAGUAAGGGUAGACUAAACCAGGUGAGUUUCAAAGCAGCUUUGCAGUUCUCAGGCCACAAAUUCAGACUCGAAAGUGGUAUGGAAUAAAACUUUCAGACUUAGAUUCUGUCAGUCACUGUUUUGUUCCUCAUAAAUAAUUCAUCCCAGGCUGGAACUACAGUCUCUGAUUAGUGGAGUACAAACCAUAGUUUAUACUCUGUCACUAGGGAAAUGCAAAGUACCAACACAUGAUAAUGGUCACAACUUUAUCCUGUUUUUCUAGUAAAACCAGAUAGGCUUUUCCCCCCUUUAUUGCUGCAUGUAUUAAGGUUGGUGAAAAUCACUGUGUAUUUAAACUUCCAAAAUAAAUAAGGACCAUCGAUACUUUUCCCCACAUUACUUUCUUAGCUCUCUGUCCUCUAAUUAAAAACUAACUAAAAUGUAUUUACAAGGCAAGUUCUGUUUACAAGAGCACAAAUCAUUACUAUGACUAUGGCACAAUAUGCAAAAGCACUUUUUCUAAAAUUUUUCAGUUGUAUGGCAUCUGCUAAAUUUCUCACCCUCUGACCUGCCAUUAACGCUUGCCCUUUUUAUUUAAUGCUGUUGCAAGCAUCAGACGAAAUACAGCAUGCUGUAAUAGCAAUAGAAAUGUUUGCUUUUGUAAUAUCCACAUUGUUGGCACUGUUCAGUGUGUUCCCUGCUAGCAGUACGCAUUGUUUCGAGAGGCAAUACUUGUUGGCUGUGGUACAGUGGUAAAGGAGGCCACAUGGGUUAAAAACUUACCUCCAUGUUUGGUGGACAGCUAGGAGAGCUGUAAAGCUAAGUAAUAUGUAUGUUGUAAAUGGUUGAAGGAAAAAGAGAACAGAAGGGUGAUAGUAAGCAUAAGUAAGGCUGAUAUGGAGCACUGAAUUACUUUAGAAUCAAGCAGGUGUGUUGGUCUAAUGUGAGAGGGACGUGGUGGAAUUGUAAAGUGGUGUAAAAAGAUUGGCAAAUGAAAAGAUGUAUGUUUUAGAUUAUGUAAUUGUAUAAUAGGAAGUCAAUGCAAUAGUUUCCAGUAAUAGGCACUCAAGGGGUUGCUUUUUAGUAGCAGCUAAAUUUAGCCAUUUUUAAAUUAGAAUGCUCAGAUAAUGAGUUUCAACAGGGCUGUCCAAUGAGCUUCCUGGACCAUUAAUGCUGAUUUUUUGUAAGAUUUGAAGUACUGGAGAAAGAGCACAAAAAUGGCUAACGUGCCACAUUCAAAGAGGGUAAAAGGCAUGACCUGGAUAAUUACAUGUCUGUCAGUUUGACAUCACUUCUGGGCAAAAUAAUAAGGGACCUAAUUAAUAAUGAAUUAAAGAAGUGUUGUAUAAUUAGUGCCAAUCAACACGAGUUAUAGGAAAGCCAGACCAUGUCAAGUUAGCAUGAUGUAUUUUUGAUGAAAUUAGGAAAAGUGGUUGAUAAAGCUAAAAGUGUUAAUGUAAUAUCAUCUGAUUUCUUUGAAGAUUAGAGUUAGUAGUCCAUAUUUUGAUUCAGAAAGGAAAGUCUUGUGUAAUCAAUCAGUAACACUUCACAUAUUCUACAUGUGUUAAAGUAGAUAAUUCUUAGGUGUGUAACUGUCAGUGUAAAAUGAGACUCCUUGCUGAAAAGAUGCAUUUUUCUUGGACCCUUCAUGGCGUCCUUUCUCAGUCCUAUGGCACUUAGCUUCUUAGGAGUGUCCUAAAAAACCAUGUUAUAGCUACUGAUGGUUUGCUGAGGAUUGAAAGGUUGAAGCAUUGUUGAGGGCGAGGAUUCAGCAGUGAUUCUGUUCACUGCCACUUAGCCAAGACUAGCACAAAGCUGAAUGUGUUUCAAAAAUGAAAUGCUGUCCAUAUUUAUUGUAAAAAAUGUAUUUCUUUGAAGUGAUAAUUGUAUCAGCCUGAUUUGCAAUUUAUCCUGUGUGAGUAACAGCCCUAAUAACUUCAGGUUACAGGAAAUACUGACUACUGCGUUUGACUGGGGGAGUUUGUUGAUCAUCAUAUGCUAUGAAUUUCCAGACCAAUUCCAUGUCUUAAAUAACUUUUAUGAACUUGGGAGGAAUAAAUAGAGAUGUGUUCAGCAGGCACAUCCUUCUGAAUUUUA